UUCCUACCUCAGCCUAAACAUUCUUCACUACUCUCAUCUGUUCCCACUUUCUACUUCUCCAGCAUCACUGGGCUUAAACCCACCAAAAUGGUGCUUGCUUCCACAUGUGAAGACCCAAGUGAGGAAUUGCAAUCCACUUUUGGUUCCAGAUAUGUGCUUGAACCACUUCCUAAGUAUAAGUUACCAGAGAAAUCAAUACCAAAGGAUGCAGCAUAUCAAAUAAUAAAUGGAGAGUUAAUGUUGGAUGGGACACCAAGACUCAACUUGGCUUCAUUUGUGACGACAUGGAUGGAGCCUGAGUGUGAUAAGCUCAUUUUAGACUCUCUUAAUAAGAACUUUGUUGAUGUUGAUGAAUACCCUGUCACCACUGAUCUACAGAAUCGAUGCGUGAAUAUUAUAGCACACCUUUUCAAUGCUCCUAUUGGAGCAGAAGAAACUGCUGUGGGAGUGGGAACUGUGGGCUCAUCAGAAGCAAUAAUGUUGGCUGGUUUAGCUUUCAAAAGGAAAUGGCAGCAAAAGAGAAAAUCACAGGGCAAACCUUAUGACAAGCCCAACAUUGUAACUGGGGCUAACGUUCAGGUUUGUUGGGAAAAAUUUGCAAACUACUUUGAGGUUGAACUGAAGGAGGUGAAGCUGACAGAAGAAUGCUUUGUGAUGGACCCAGUGAAAGCAGUAGAAAUGGUGGAUGAGAACACCAUUUGUGUUGCAGCCAUUUUGGGGUCAACUAUGAAUGGAGAGUUUGAGGAUGUGAAGCUUCUGAAUGAACUUCUUACAAAGAAGAACAAAGAAACAGGUUGGAAUACCCCAAUUCAUGUUGAUGCUGCCAGUGGAGGAUUCAUUGCUCCAUUUAUCUACCCUCAUCUUGUGUGGGAUUUUCGUUUGCCAUUAGUGAAGAGUAUCAAUGUUAGUGGUCACAAGUAUGGUCUUGUCUACCCUGGUGUUGGUUGGGUUGUUUGGAGGAACAAAGAUGAGUUACCUGAUGACCUUAUCUUUCACAUCAACUAUCUUGGCUCUGAUCAACCCACUUUCACCCUCAAUUUCUCCAAAGGCUCCAGUCAAAUAAUUUCUCAAUAUUACCAGUUCUUACGGCUUGGCUUCGAGGGUUACAAGAACAUCAUGAGCAAUUGCUGGGAGAAUGCCAAAGUGCUGAAGGAAGGGAUAGAGAAAACAGGAUUAUUCAAUAUCCACUCUAAGGAUAUAGGGGUGCCCCUUGUGGCAUUCUCUUUGAAAGACAGCAGCAAACACACUGUAUUUGAGAUAUCAGAUUCAUUGAGGAAAUAUGGAUGGAUUGUUCCAGCCUACACCAUGCCACCUGAUGCAGAACACUUUGCUGUUCUUAGAGUGGUUGUGAGGGAGGAUUUCAGUCGCGGCCUCGCCGACAGACUUGUUUCUGACAUUGUUGAAGUUGUGAAACACUUGGAGGCAGUUUCUAGUGCUGUCUCCACCAAAGCUACUCGUGUCAAAGUUGUCACUAAUGAGAAAGGUGAGAAGCUCAAAAAGAGAGCAUUGGAGAUCAGUUCAGAGAUUGUAGAUGUAGAGUGGAAGAGGCUCAAGGUUGGUAAAAAGAAGACAACUGGAGUAUGCUAAGGCCAGAUUUUCAAAUAUUUGGUUAUCACCAAAGUAACUUUAGUUAUGUGCAUUGAAUUUGACAUUAUGGUCAAUCUGUACUAGCAGAAUUGUUAUAAUCAUCGCUUAUUCCUGCUAUGCUAAGGCUAAAGUUUCAAAUAUUUGGUUAUCACCAAAGUAACUCAGUUAUGUGCAUUGAAUUUGACAUUAUGGUCAAAAUGUACAAGCAGAAUUGUUCUAAUCAUCCUUUAUUCCUGCUCUAAUAUCCUGAGCACAAUAAUAAUUGAGCUUAAUUUUAAUGUCUUUGUUUCAUGUUAGCAACUAGUUGGUAGGAACCUGGGACGUGGUGAGUGUAGCAACUAGUGGUAGCUGUGUAGUAUUGCUGAUGUUACUUUUGAGUUAUGAGAACCAUUAGUAUUGACUUUGUUUCCUUUGACCUGCAAAAAAAUGUGUUUAGGACUCUCCUAUGUAUUAUGUGUUAUCUGUUGAUUUUGGCUUAUGAUUUUUAUUGU